GCGCGCCGUGAGCACAGGUAGAUCACACACACGAGACUGUUGUGGACGGAGAGCACUAAAGAUGGCGCUUGGUGUUUAUUUACUUCUGGGGGUUCACCUAAUACUAGCUGUAAUUGCCGUCACCGUCAAAAUUGACGAACCAGAGGAGAGAGAAUGCUACGGCACUACUGUUGGUCUUGGUUAUUCUGGCACACUUGAGUUUCACUACCACCACCUGAAGAAACGAUACGCCGGAUGUACGCAUAUCCAUGGCAACCUAGAGCUCACAAACUUGGUGGACCCAAAAUUAAACUAUGACCUAAGUUUUCUCAAGAGCAUUCGUUAUGUGAGUGGCUAUAUUUUAAUUGGUUUGGUCACCGAAGUGGAAAUCAUUCCAUUUGACAGUCUGGAAGUCAUUCGGGGUAAUAACACAUACAGCAUUAUGGGCGACGAGUACAGUCUGGUUGUGGUGCUGUCAUCAAGAAACGAUGAAAAAUCGACGGGACUCAAGGAGCUGCAUCUACCGCAACUUAAGGAAAUUUCCAUGGGUAAAGUUUUGUUCACACGCAAUCCGUUCCUUGGUUUCAUCAACACGAUUGACUGGGAACCCAUUUUACGCGGACGUUGGGAGAACGUACACUUCUUGGAGAGCGCUUACGAUGAAACAGCGGCUGACAACAAUGACACGUCAAUUUGUGACAAGGGCACAAGAUGGGGAAAUGACAAGUCACUUUGUCAAAAAGUAGUGUCGAGGUCCUGCCAUGAGAGCUGCGACGGUCGAUGUUUUGGUCCCUCUGAUGCUGACUGCUGUCAUGCUACGUGUGCUGUUGGCUGUGAUGGGGCCCAAGAUCAAGACUGCAUUAUGUGCAAGGAUUACCUGUACGAGAGUCGCUGUGUUGGAUUCUGCCCAGCCAAAUCUUAUCCCAAGCUUCAGUAUUGUGUCCGAUAUUGACCCGAGCUCUGAGUGCAGAAAUGUCACGGGGAGAGA